GUCGAUUUUGUCUUCUGCUUCUAGCAUCACAAUGGAAAUCAAACGGAAGAAAACAGGAGAAAGUUCGGUGAAUUUGCAGACAGAGUUUAUUAUUCAUGCAGAGAAAUGUUGCAUCUGAAAAGCCAAAGGUGGAGAGAAAACAUGCUGUAGACCAGAGUUAGCAGCAGAUGUCAUUGGUGAUGUAAAAAGCACAGGAUUUUGAGAACACAAGUGUGCAAGCGAAGCUUGACUUUGAGAUGCGAAUGCGAGAGGGCGCCUACAAGCUUUUGCUGGCUUGCAGUAAGAGAGAACAAGUUCUUAACGCUUCCAAGAACCUCUUGACCUGCAAUGCCAGGAUCAAGGCUUAUCAGACUCUGCUGCAGAGGCAAAAAGAGGAGCAGGGCAUGAUGGGAGCGGCGAGAAGACUUGCAGAGCAUGCAUCUGGUGGACGUGUGGCGUGUCAUGGGACCAUUGCACUCUCUGGUCUCCGUAUUCCUUUAUUGUGGAGUGACUCUGAACACUUUAAUAACAAAGGAACCUCUCGUCGGGUGGCGGUGUUUUGCUUGAUCAAGAUGGGCUCAGAUGUGUUUGACACAGAGAUGGUGGUGUUGGACAGAUCAGUCACCGACGUCUGCUUUGAAGGAGUCACCAUCUUUAAAGAUGCAGUUCCUGAGUUUGAGCUGAGGGUGGAGCUGUGGAGCUGUGCUCUGGAGGAAGAGCUGACUGUGGUUAACACGCCAAAGAAACUGGCAAAGAAGUUUCGUAACUCGUUUGGAAGGGCCUCUGAAAAGAAAUUCUGCUCUCUGCUGGAGAGUGCAGAGCCUGACACCUUCCUCCAACAUAACCCCAUACCCAAUGGAGCCAAAUACAGCCUGCUGGCCUACACCACCCUGGGCCUGCCUGAGGCUGAAGGCAGUUUUCAGUCUCACUCUCUCAUUGUUCUCCAAGAUGCUGAAUGGUCGUCAUGGCUUCCACUUUAUGGCAACCUCUGCUGUCAGUUGGUGGCACAGCCUGUUUGCAUGGCACAGAACAUCAUGAGUGGUUACUUGAAUCACAAGCAAAGUGUUGAGGGGAUGAGCCGCUGCUGCAAUCUCUACUGUGUGCUGAGCGCUGGCUUUUUUUCAUGUUACUUCUCCCCAGAAGAAAUUGAUGCCAAAGUGCAGCCCUGUCUCCGUGUGCCUGUCACUAAGGAGACGCGAAUUCGAGUGGUAGGGAAGGAGUCAGCAGGCCACAAAUCCAGGAGUUUGUCCAUCAUCAACCCUUCGCCAGAGGGAUCUCAGACCACAGUCUUCAUCACAGACACCAACGAUGAGCUGGAGAACUGGCUGGACGCCCUUCACCAGCAUAUCUAUGAUCAAAGCCAGUGGCUGCGCUGCUGUGACAGCCUAAUGAAAAUUGUAGUUGCAUCACCACGGAAACCAUCCCUCUUCCUCACCAAGCAGGCUGACUCUGUUUACAACGAACUCAGUAUAAGUUCUCCUGGUAAGUUUGAGAGUAUUACAGAUAUUAUCCACAGUAAAAUUGAGGAGACGGACGGCAGCUUCCUCAUUGGCUGUGAAGACAAGAAGGAGGCUCCUAAUUGGUCGAAUCUCUUUGAUGGGUCCCAUUCCUUGGUUGUGGAGAAGAGUACCAUGUCCCACAGCAGAACCUCCACUCCUUGUUCGAGCCCUAAGCCAAACACAAACUCUACACCUCUCAGUAGUAAGAAACGACGGGCUCCUCCUCCUCCAUCUGACAAGGAGCCCUUUGCUCCUCCUACUCGUCCUGCCCGACCUCCCCUUCCUCCCAUUCAUUGCCAGCCUCCUCCUUCAAACCAGGAAAAGGAGAACUCUGGAGCUUGCAUUACACGGCCAACCACAAGGUCCAAAACUGGCAGACCAUCUCUGGAUGCCAAGUUUUCUGCCAUCAUCCAGCAGCUCCAGCGCAGCAGCGCUGGCGGCUCCGCAGCCCUGCGAAAAAAUGCUCCUCUUGGGAUCCUUGAAGUGCAACCACAGGGCGAGCCUCAUGCGCCUCUGCAGCAACUGGACAACCAAACUCCUGAAGCCGCAGCUGAUGGCUUUGUCAGAGCCGUCAGUGGUCCUUGUCCUGUUCCAGCACCGCGCAGCAAACUGAGGAAAUCUUUCAGAGAAAAUGAUGAACAUGAAAGCACUCUAAGAUUGACUGUUGAGCUAACGUCACCAUAUGAACCCCAAACAACAUAACAUGGUUUUUUAACUGCACUAACAACUCAAAGUCUGUUUGGAAAUUUUCUUGGAAGAAAUUUUGGUAAAUAAUCUAACCUGAUUUUCCCUGAGAUUAGGAUCUAAAAACGUCACUUAAAUGUUCCCUAUGCAUUAUUAUAAUGCUAAAGCCAUUACAGCCUGAUUGGGAGGAACCAGUAAAGGAACCAGUUAUGAUCCAAAUGCACAUCCAGCACAUUAUUAACUGCUAAAGGAUCUCAUGUCAUCGUCAGCACUGCUUAAGUAUGUUUUCUAACAUUUAAUAACAUUAUGAGUGCUGCUGUGGGGUGUAACUGGAAGCCAUAACAGAAAAAUCUUAAAAAUUGUCAUCAUUGUUAAGAUAAGUUCUCCUUAAAGACUCAAACAAAAUAGCAAUAGUGUACAAAUGCAUUUCAGCAUAUUUCUGUUUUUUUUGCAGCCAACCUGCUAAAAAAGUUGAAAGCUGUUUGCUGUUUAACGCAAAGGCAUCGUCACUCGCAAAUGAUAAAGUAAAAGCUGCUUUUUUUCUGCCAUUGGGGCAUUGAACUGAAGGAAAGGGAUUUUGCAAAAACACUCAAACAGAGAUUGAUCCAGUGGCUAACUGUGGAUGAGUCAUCCCUUUUGGAACCAUCAACAUAUUCCACCUACUGUGACGACUUUAUGACCACUAUACCAGAUUUUAAAGGAACACAAUUUUAGGAGCUUUGCGAGCAGUAAUGUGACUUCUCCCUUUCCCCAGAGGUCUUAAUAAUAGAGUGACCUUGGUUUUUACUGGCCACACAAUAUGUCUAACAUAAUUUAACUCUGCAGCCAAUAAAUGCUGUGAACUUUGCAGAAUGAAUGGGCCUUUUGAGUGGCCUAAAUAAUGAAUGCCCUUGUGUAUGUUUUGAGCACACCCCGUACUGCCAACCACUAAAUAUUUUAGCCACUUAAUGAUAUUGUGUUGAAGAAUGGUCAUCAUAAUUACUCAUACUGUAGAAAACAUUACGUUUCAAUACUUUCCCUGAAAUUGCCAGUCUCUCUAAAGCAGAACAGGGUAAAGCUGCUGUGAACAUUUUCCUUAUCUGGCUCUGCAAAUUUAGCCACAUUUGGAGGGUGAUGUAGAUUUGUGGGAAGGUGGUUAAUGGGAUUUAAUUUUAGCCUUUCAAGGCAAUGGCUUGUUAAAAAAAAAAACGAAAAAGAAUGCAGCAAAGAACAUUUUCUCGUGUGUAUGUGAUUGAUAUAUUAGUCAUUUUGAUUUUCUACUGCAUGAGUUUUUUUUUAACUAAAGUUUAUUAGUGUUUGUUUCUUACAUGGAUGAUUUCUUAGGCUCUAAUCCAGACGUAAUGCUUUUUUAAAUUUUUAAUUUAGUAAAAACUCUAUUUCCAGAUGUAGUUCAGCAUUUGUGUAUAGACCCCUCUGGUGAAUUCUCCAAUCAGAGUGGAAGAGAUGUGGUUUUAUCUAUAGUGGAAUAAAAUGGGAGAAAAUGUGCAAAUGCCUUCUUAACGUCAGCAUCUAUGCUAAAUUGUUGCGGUUCAUUUUUUUGUACUGUUUUUCUUUUUUAUAAAAUGUUUUUUUCCUGUAUUGUAUCAGUCUUCCUAAUCAGUUAGCAUUGAUUUAGGUAAUCAUACACUGAUCUUGCCCUUGUUCUGCAAUUUCUUAGUGCAAUAAAGUGAAAGAAAAUUUGUUCUAAAAUAAUUGUAGCUAUUAUUUCUUAAACAUUUCAGUUUCUCUUCUACUCUGCAGUUUAGAAAACUGAUUAUUUUUGUAAUAUUGCUGCAAUAAAGCAACCUACAUUCCACCCUGGUGAGGCUGCUUAUUUCUGCUGAGCUUGGAAGUAUUGCUGAAUAUUUUUUUUAUGUUAAAGAUUUUGCAGUGGGGUAAAAAUAAGUCGAGACCUAGCUUUUAUUGCAGCUCAAUUCACAUCUCAGAGAUACAUGAACUGGCACAUUUCUUCACUGCAGCAAUACAGGAGAGACUUAUCUGGCUUUGAGCCCAGAAGUGCCCUAUUUUGAAAAUGAAGGCAGAUAGACUCUAAUAAUGGGAUGAAGGUUUUACAGAAAAGACCCAGUCUUUACUGAAAGAAAUAUGUAUAUAAAUGAAUUAAGAACACAACUGAAGAAACGUGUAUUGAUAGUAAAAUAUUUUAAUUAAAUAUACAGGAGGUCAUACCAUACAAAAUGUCUUUAUUUUUUUAAAUCUUGUCAGCUGAGUGAUUGGUAAACAGAUGGCUACGGUAUCAAAAACACUUUUAGGAUACACAUUAAUGGAAAUGACGUUGCAAAAAAAAAAAAAAAAAA